AUGGCACUUCAGGCUAUUACUUGGAUGAGCGCCUUCCUCUGCCUCGCACAAGUUUGCUCCAUGCCCAUGCCUUGCCACCUACAAGGAGAGCUGGUGCGAACAACCCACAACCUAUUGAGAGACAUGUUUUUGCAACCGUUAGGAUUAGAAAGUAGAAAACUUUAAACUGCCAUUCAUGUUAUUUGAAAUGAUUGUUGUUGUCCGUUUCAGUUGAGCAGCAGUGGUGCUAAGGCUAUUUAUGAUACAUUGAAGAACAUCGACUCAUUGUUUGGAGCUGACGACCUGCCAACUAAGUGGGACCAACAGAAGUUGGAGAAUUUUCAGAAUAUUAUAUACCGCCAGAUUGAAGAGAGCAAAUGUAUGAUGGGCAGUGUGGAUACAAGUGAUUAUCCCAUCAGGGCAGAGGGACGGAAGACAUACUUUGGGAAGAUUGCAGCAGUCCUAAAAGAAAAGAAUUUCAGUUACUGCGCCUGGGAAGUGGUUCGAAAAGAACUCCUGUACACCCUACAGUUCAUUCUGAAACACAACUCUGAUAGCCUUCUGUGGUCCAACAGAACAUGAAUUUGAACUUGCAGAACUUUUUACAAUUGGGUUUUACAAUUGUGCUUGAUUUUAAAAGCCUAC